UUUGAGAGAAGUGAAGGGUAUAAAAGGCAACCACACAGAAAAGAGUUCACUUUUCGGGUUCACUCCUGAAACAAGCCUCUUCUUCAGACCAUGAAGCUCAAGUCUGUCACAGAAAGCUUCGCCCGAGUGAUCCACGGCUUGACAGCGGGCCACCUGACGGAUCGGGUUGUUCAGAGGAGCAAGAGGAUGAUUCUGGACACCCUGGGCGUCGGGCUGCUGGGAACCGGGACAGAAGUGUUUCACAAAGCCAGCGAAUACAGUAAAAUCUACAGUUCCAACGUAUCCAGCACUGUUUGGGGCCAGCCGGCCUUCAGGCUCCCGCCGACGUAUGCGGCUUUUGUGAACGGCGUGGCUAUUCACUCGAUGGAUUUUGACGACACCUGGCAUCCUGCCACCCACCCUUCCGGAGCUGUCCUUCCCGUCCUCGUGGCCUUAUCAGAAGCCCUACCUCCAAGUCCAAAGUUGUCUGGCCUUGACCUACUGCUCGCUUUCAACAUUGGGAUUGAAGUGCAAGGCCGAUUAUUGGAUUUCUCCAAGGAAGCCAGUGACAUACCAAAACGGUUCCACCCCCCUUCAGUGGUAGGAACUUUGGGUAGUGCUGCUGCCGCAUCCAAGGUUUUAGGGCUCAGCAAGACGAAGUGCCAGGAGGCCUUGGCCAUUGCUGUUUCUCACGCCGGGGCCCCCAUGGCAAAUGCCGCCACUCAGACCAAGCCCCUUCACAUGGGCAAUGCUGCCAGGCAUGGGAUCGAAGCUGUGUUCCUGGCAAUGCUGGGUCUCCAAGGGAACAAGCAGGUCUUGGACACGCAGACGGGCUUCGGGGCCUUCUAUGCCAACUAUUCCCCCAAAGUCCUUCCAAACCUAGAUUCUUACACUUGGCUCCUGGACCAGCAGGAUGUGGCUUUCAAGAGUUUCCCUUCACACUUAGCCACCCACUGGGUGGCAGACGCAGCUGCAUCCGUGAGAAAGCACCUUGUAACAGACAGAGCCGUGCUUCCCAGUGACCACAUCGAGAGAAUCGUGCUCAGAAUUCCAGAUGUCCAGUAUGUAAACCGGCCUUUCCCAGACUCGGAGCACCAAGCCCGUCACUCCUUCCAGUAUGUGGCCUGUGCCAUGCUGCUUGAUGGCGACAUCACCGUCCCAUCAUUCCACAGAUGCCAGAUCCACAGGCCACAGGUGAGAGAGUUGCUUUGUAAGGUGGAGCUGGAGCACACCCACGACAACCUGCCCAACUUCAACACAUUAUACUGCGAGAUAAGGGUCACUCUCAAGGAUGGAGCCACCUUCACAGAGCGCUCUGAUACUUUCUACGGUCACUGGCGGAAGCCACUCAGCCAGAAGGACCUACAGGCCAAGUUCAGAGCCAAUGCCACCAUGACACUGUCCUGUGAUACAGUAGAAAGACUUAUAGAGACAGUGGACAACCUGGAAGAUCUCGAGGACUGUUCUGUGUUAACCACACUUCUGAAAGGACCCUCCCCAUCAGAGAUGACUUCACAGUCUAUCGAGCACUGAACACUCUCAUAACACAGUCGCCCUGAGGUUUACCCUUAUCUAAGUGACUUUAUAUUGAGGGAAAUUCAAUGAUCUGCUCGUGGUCAGCUCAGAAGAGAAUGCAGCAUGAUGGAGAGAGUGCAGACACGGAGCUGGUUGUACCUGGAGAAGGACGCUUGUCCUGCAAAUUUGCAAGACUGUCCCAAGUGCCUAGAGCAAGAUAACACAUAUGCAAGAAACACAGAGCAAGGGAUUUUGUAAGCAUUCGUAAAGCUGAAGUUCAAGUCACCUGUGACUUGCUUAUAUAAUUAAUCUUUUCAGAGGACUUUUAUGAACGUCAUGAACCUCGAGCCGUGGGAGGAAGUUGAACGUGUACGUGUAUUUGCUGACAGUGGUGAAGGGGCCUCUGGUCUGCUGUCCGCCAACAGCUGUCUCAGAUCAUGGCGUAUUAGAAGCUCUGCACGGUGAAGGGAUGGGUGUUGGGUUUAAAGAUAAGGGCUUAGGGGGUUCAAAUCCUGCCUCUGCUACAUCCUAGAUGCCAUCCUGCCUUAGUCUCUCUAUUUGUGAAAAAGAAGUAAAGAGCAGACUGAAAAACAAAGCAGUUGGCUCCGGGAGCCAAGCUCUUAAUGACAACACAUCACCUUUCAUUUCAAAAAACAUGUUUGAGAUAUAAAUAAUGAACAAAGAGUCUGAGAUAUAAUGAAGACUGACAACAAAAAACUGUACAUGUCUAAAGUUAAAUAAAUAUUUACUAUAUAAAAUAAUAAAAUACUGCAUGGGAUUAAAAUUACAACAUUAGCAGAGAGUUAUUAUAGUUAGCAUGGUCUACAUUCCUGGGUUGACCAAGAAAAGGGCAAAGCUAUUAACUCUAGACUUUGAUUUGAAAGUAUACAUGUUGAUAUUUCUAGGGUAACCAUUACAAAAAAGCAGUAGAAUAUAUUAAUUCUAGGUUAGUAGAGAGAAAUACACAAUUAGGAAAAAAAUAACCCACAGGAGGCAAGAAUGGAGGGUAGGAAGAAAUAUAGAAAAGGCAGAAAAGAUAUAAAAUUAUAGAAAAAUCCAAAUAUAUCUAUAAUUACAGAACAGUGAAUGGACUAAAUGCUCCAGUUUAAAAAGAUAGACUGUGAACACAUCUUUAAAUGUUCCUUAGCUUUGUGAACACCUACUUUACAUACAGUUCAUCCGUUCACGUUAAGUGUGCAGCUAACUGAGCUCUGGUCCAGCUCUGAGACACUCCACCGCUCCCAGCGUUCUCCACGGCUGCCAGCGGUGAAGUCCCACCCCCUCCCUGCCCUCAACCAGCAGCGACCUGCUUCCUAUCUUAAUAGUUCUGUCUUUUCCAGACAUUUUUUAUAGAAAAUGGAAUCACACAAUACAUAAUCUUAUGUGUCUGACUCUUUCACUUAGCAAAACAGUUUUAAGGUUUUUCCACAUACAUAUCAGGGCACUUGAUUCCCUUUUCGUUGCUCAGCAUUCCAUUGAAUGGAUGUACUGCAUUUUGUUUACCCAUUCAUUAGUUAGAGAAUAGCUGAAUUGUUUUCCAUUUGGGGCUACUACGAAUCAUGCUCCUAUGAGCAAUCUGACCCAUGUCUUUCUGUGGGAGUCUUUCCAUUUCUCUUGGGUGGAUACUUAAGACUGGGAAUGCUGGGUCAUCUGGAAAGUACGUUUAACUUUGUAAAUACUCUUUUCCAAAGCUGCUCUAUCAUGUUGUAUUUCCACCAUCAAUGUCUACGAGUUCUGGUUUCUCCUUAUCUUCAUCAGUCCUUAGAAUUGUCAGUUUUUAGCAUUUUAACCAGUCUAGUGAGUGUGUAUUAGUGAUUCGCUGUGCUUUUAAUUUCCAUUUCCUUCAUGACUAAUUCUUGCCCAUUUUUGCCAAUUGUUUCAAUUACCUUUUCUUAUUAUUGAGUGCUAAGACAUAUUUAUAUGUCCUGGGUAUAAUAUCUUUAUCAGA